AUGGUCUGCGAAUACACUCUUUUCAAUUUCCCAGGAUGCGGUUGCCCCGCUCUCGUUCCUCUUCGGUUCUGUCCUGAGCAUCUCAACCCAGAUCCAAAGAACAUAUGUUAUCAAGAAGGAAGGGAUGCCGCCCAAAACCCAGCCCGCAUAACUAUGCUCUUCGGAGGCCCUGCACAACCUAUCUCGCUACAAAUAUACGAAAGAAUGUGCAAUCUUUACAAAACCCCAUUGCUCGCCAAAGACCCCAAACUCUCCGACAAGAUCCAACAACAAUCCUAUGAACGUUUGGCUAAGUUGAUGAUGAACAUGCAGAAACACACCGUAGAUUGGCAUGAUGGUGGGACAGUCAAAGCUGGAUUUCACACAAAAUUGACGCGAUACCAUGUCAUAUACCCCAGCUGUGGGAACAUGAGAUUGGAAAGGCCAGCAGACGAAAAGUUCUGGCCGUUCGCGGAAACAAGGUGUAUUGAACACUCAGACGACUUGAUUGAAGAUAAAGUUAACAAUAAGUGGACUUUCGCCCCCCGACCUCAAUUAGAGCUGUUCAAUGAACCUUUUGAACACAGAUUCAAUGCGGCCAUCGCGGUAAGGUUCCUUAAAUUGGUUGAUAAAGGUGAUAAAUUCCAUCGACUAAUUUAUGAUUUACCUGGAUGCUAUCCGGAACGAUAUGAUCCUACUGGGAAGACAUACAAGCCUACAGACGAAAAUAAUGGAAACCAGAGUGACGAUAGCGACUCCUCAGAUGGUUCUGAGGAACCGAAAACCGGAGGAGGAUAUGGAAAAAAGAAGAAGGAGAAUAAGAAAGCAAACAACGGGAAAAAGAACGAAAGUGGAAGCGAGUAUCAAGGUACAGAAACUGAGGGUAGUGGUGAGGAAUCAGGUCCAAAAGGCAAAAAAGAAGUUGAAGGUCCAGCAAAGAAGAAUAACGGGGGCUCUAAGGAGAACAAGCCCCAAGGGGGUAAGCAAGAACACGAAGUCGUCACUUCUACAAAUACUAUCGUUCCGGUCCCAAAGAAAAAACCUGCAGCCAAACGGAAGCCAAAAAAGGACGAUGACGGUGAAUGGGAGGAAUCGGGGGAGGACGAAACCGAUGAAGAUAUCGAGGAGGGGAAAGGAGGGAAGAAUAAUGGGAAAAAACCUUCCAACAACAAGAAGGAUACGACAACCACAGAAACGAAGCCAAAGGCUGAAGGCAGCAAGAGCAACCCGAAUUCUAAACCAACUAAUAACGGGCCUAAGAAGCCAAAUACCAAUCCCACAAAUCGAAAUAAUGAAGACAAUAACGCUAAUCAGGGAAACGAUGAAGACACCAACGAUGAAGACGAGCUAUCUGAAGCGUUCACAGAGAUGAGCCCAAAGGGACCAAAAACCCAGCGGCGACCAAAAAGAGGAGAGGAAAAGCCGGAAUUCUCUGGACUGCGUAGGGUUGUACCAUCCCAUCUCGAUGAAGUUGGCUCGGGGUUGAGGCUCUAUCGAGCCCUAGGCAAUUAUCGGGAACCAAAAUCGUCAACGGAUGAACUGGAGCAAUUAAAUCUCCCAUCUACGAACCAAACGAUCGAUGACAUCUUCAACGGAUGGAAACAGAAUAAGCUACAAGAAGAAGAUAUAUAA